CGGACGAGAAGCGAGAGUAGGUUAAGAAACGUCCUCUAGGCUGUUGUGGACACGCUGGGCAUUCUGUAUAAAAACACCGUUCGUCGUCUUCAUCCUCCACCACAUGUAUCCAUCUUCUUCUAAAUUAUCUCUCUUCUCUCCUUCUAGCUUUCUCAAAUUUUCUCACCUUCUUCCCCUCUUCUAUCAGCGAUUAAUUGUGAAUCCACCUGCCCUUCCUCUGUAAGCCAUGGGCGUCGCUGUUCUACAUCCUCAGGACUGUUUGAAGCAACCUUUCUCCCACAUGAAAUAUCCUCGUAACCCUAGCACAUGCCCCAACAGGCAGAAAAAGCCGGUUGCCAACCGCACGCGACGGAGCCCUCCUCGCAAUCAAGCCACCAGAUCUCCUCCUAUAGCGCCGCCGCUUCCUCCACCUCGCGUGACCAUCGUUCCGAAGGGAACGGCGAAGAAGAUCACCAACAACAACCCCCUCGUUGGACAUGUCAGAAUCCUGAAACGCGGUGAGGAAAUCCCUAAGAUUGCCGCGGAUCAGGUUGCGGAAAUCCCUAAGACGGUCGCGGAUCCGGCCGCGGAAAUCCCUAAGGCGGUCGCGGAUCCGUCUGUGGAAAUCCCUAAGAAGACCGCCGAUCUGGCUGUGGAAAAGCCAGAUCUGGGAUCUACUCGUCGGAUUGGCCCAGAUCCAGGCCUGAUUCCGAGUCAGAUCCGUCUCUCUGGCCGUAAAUACAAGGCCGCCCCAUUUUACGCCGGCCCUGUGACCAUGACCUCGCCGCCUCCGAGCGACGUUCCGCUUCCAGCCUUUUUCACCACGAAGAAGAGUGUCUCUUUGUUCCAAGCCGCCGACGCAACCAACGAUCUGAUCAGGAUCCUCCGCCUAGACAUCGCGUGACCGCGUAUAUCUUCGUUCAUCUCAGAUUUUUUAUAAUCUCUCUGAUGAUCCAACGUAUAUCACUGUUACAAAUUCCAUUUCUCAAUCGUCCGAGUCCGACUUAAAAGCGGGAGAUCUACAACAAAAUAUCUCCAGACGACGAAUCUAGAAGAUGAAGAAACAUCUUCGUUAUGAAUCAUUUCGAAUCUUCCCUUAUUUUUUCAAGGGGCAAGGUCGAAAUAUCUUCUUAACAGGUUUUAGUUUCUCUUCUUAGGUUUUAGUGUUUGUGUAAGAGUAUUAUGUGCAUAGGAUUUUACUUUUCGUUGUGUCUUAAUUUCUGUUUAAUUAUCGGUUCUUCUGGGUAAAUUAUAGGUUCGCUCUGGGUUUUCUUCCUCUGUUGAGUCUCUUGUUAUUCCCUAGUGUUCUUCGUUUGUGUCCUUUUUUCUUUUUUCUUAUCGUUCGGUUAAGUAUAGAGAUGUAGUUACUGGUGAGAUGAAUCUUUAGGUUUCGUUGUAUGCUCAGUAUUACAAUCCUCUGUACUUUUAUCUUUGUAUUUCAUCUAAUCUAAGUUUUUAUUUGGUUUUCAUUCUAUGGUUGAUUAAGCAUUUUCUUUCCUAAUUGAUCUUCCAAUUCCAUUAAUCCUGAGUUCAAAUAAGACUCGCAUAUCUGAGUUUAUACAGAAGAUGCUUAAAACUGGAGAAUUAUUUCGACUCAAUCCUUUUAAGUUUGCUACAAGUUAGAAACAACAACGAAAUCUUGAAUUCUUGAUGUUUGUUAUUGUUGUACCUCAAUUAUUAACUAGCUGGAACUCUGUGGCACUUCCAAGUUCAUAAUCAAAUUAAGUUUGAGGGAAGAUGAUAUAUGUUAUUCUCCAUCAGGGAAGAUAUAUACAGUGUUGUUAGGUCUAUCACACGCUAAGACAUUGUCACGAAUUGGUAAAUGAUUUGAAGACUUGUACAAUAUAUAAAAGAACGCCACUUGAUCCAUUUGGACUUUCUCACCGAGUUGUUCUUGAUUUUUAUAGGAGAUAGUUUUCAACGAACUUGAUUUAUCUCAAUUUUUGAGCAAAUGGAUGUCGUCGUCAGUAUUUCAUUUUUCACAUGUUUGCCACUUGGGUAGUCCGCGUUUAAAGUUAUCUGCUCUUAAUGUUGAGCAGCCCGAUUUAAGGCCCAUAAGUUUACGCUGUAAAACUUGCGUUUUGUCAUAAGCUUCCGCUUAAUCAAAGUGAAAUUACUCUAGUCACAGUUUGAAGUUUUAUAGGUUUAGGGUUAAUUCGUCGGAAUAAUUAAGAGAAUCUGCGUUCAAAUUGCAUGAAAAGAUAGGGUAACAUAUUUCAUAUUAUUAGUUAUGAUAGAAACUAUAAUAUUUGUUCACCUUUAAUUUUAACAACUUGCCUUGGCUUUUACAUCGGAUCAAAAAAUUAUUUACGAUGGGUGACGGAGCUCGUUAACAGUUGUCAUUUAUUCAUUGGUUGAAGAUGACGCGUCAAAGCUGAAUCGAUUAUGUAAGGGCACGUCAUCCUUUAUUUUUCUUCCUAUGCAAUUGAGAAUAAAAAAAUCAAUAAAAAUAAUAACAAUUGAUGGUGCCCUAAUAAGCAAACGUUGAUUUUCUACCUUAAUCGGAGAGAGUAGCAAGAAGACGAACCCAAAAUUAAUUUUCCCAAUUUUAUAAUUGCAGAGCAGUUUCUAUUGGGGAAUCUUUACAUAUAAUUUUACAUACACUUUUCUCACACAACUCAAUUUUUGGGUCCCACAUUAUUUAUUUAUUUACUCGAAAAUUAAAUCCAAAUCUGCAAUCCAUCCAGCGAUGGACCCGAUCUUGCAUUUUCGCAUCGACAUUAAAAUGGGAAAAAAAAAAAUCAAUUUUAUUUUUCCAAAUAAAAAAGGAAGGAAAAUGAAAAUGGGAAACAAAAAGAGAGAAUAAUUUAGCGAGCUUCGUAUAUAACACCAUCCAUCUAUCUUUUUCUCCUCUAUUUCGAUAUUUCAACUUACUCUGUCUCUCUUUCUUCGCCAUUCUCUCUCCUCUGUAACUUCUCUUCUUUCUUCUCUCUCGCUGCUUCUGCUCCGUAUCUGAUUCCCUUUUUCUACGGGAGCUGAAGAUUUGAUUAGUGUAGCGUCGAUGAAGAAAAUCACAUCGGCAGCGGCUAAGAUGGCAGUCAAGGAUGAGUGGGUGGCGGCGGCGAUGACGGACGACCAGAUAGUGGUGGAGCUUCUUAUACGUCUGAAGCACGCGGGGACGGUUGUUGCAGAGAAUCCGGCGGUGAAUCUGCCCCCGUUGCGGUGGGGAAUCCGUCAACGACGGUCACGGUCCUCAAGAUUUGAUGGCGGAGGUCUCCUCGUUUCUUCGAAGAAGGAUGUGGAUUCCGCUAGAGCCAGUCCAAAGACUCCGCUCUCCUGGAGCGGCGGAUCUGGAAGCGGUGGCAGCUCGGCAUCUCCAUCCGCCGCAACCGCCGAUGGAUUCGAGGACACCAGUCGCCAAGCUAGCUGCUCCACAUCUACAGGAUCUGGAUCUAAGGCUGCCGUUGGACAGCUGCAUAUCCGUCAUCUCAAUGGAUUUUCCGUUCCGAUCUGGCCGGCUUUUCCCACAAACGAAAUCACUAGUUCCUUUUCCAAGAGAUUGAGAAAAAAGAAGUCUUCUUCUGAGCUUAAAGAGGAAGAGAACUUGAAGUUGAAGGAAAGACGUAACCUUGAAAGGGAGAUGGAAAGUCUCCGAGCAACGUUCAACGAACAAAACGUAAGGAACCAAAGGUUGAAGAGGAUUAAGCUUGACUAUAACUCAGGCCGUGUCAAGAACGAGACUCAGGUUCAUAAAUCCCAACCCGAAUCAAAAGCUUGCAGAGUAAAGGGCAAAACCGCUAGCUCGGAAAACCAGGAGAGCUUCUUCUUCCUCCCUGAUUUAAACAUGGUACCAUCCGAGGACGAGAUAUUGUACGGAACUAGCUAAGUGCCUAAUCUCAAGAAUAUCGAUCUCCAUCUUAUUACAAUCAAGAAGGGAGCCAGAGAUUUUAACAAAGAAAAGUGAAUGCAAUAAGAGAUUUAAUGUCUCCCAUCAUUCUUGUUCUCUGUUUCCUUCCUUUUUUUGGGGGUAAAAUGCUCAUUACUUCUUGGUUUUUUAGAAGAAGGUAGAAAUUAGGUUCUUUAAUUUUUUUUUUUUUUUUGGUUUUUCUCUCUUUGUACCGAUUCGUUGUAGUUAAAGCUUUGUUGGAAAAUGUUGUUAAAGGAAAAAGUAGGACAACUAAUAUACUUUAAUGUUUCGAACUUUUCC